UCGCAGGAACUUUAAAUGCAAUUUCUUCUGUAUGUUACAGGUUGAGAGUAUAUGAUGUAGCUGUUAGGUAAAUUGAAAAGAAACUCUGAAAAUUAAGUGUUUCAUUCAGUUGGGAAGUAUGUCAAGCCUGUUAAGGGUGCAAAAACAAGACAGCGACCUCAGCAGACGAGUGUUGUCGCCAUUGGUGGAAGAACUGGAUGAGGAUGCGGAAAAUAGACCGCCAAUUCUUGAGGAAUUUCUUCCAGUUCUUGAAAAAGAGAAAAUUCUUAACGAAAACAAUGUGAACACAGUGAUCGAAGAUGAUUCAAUGAAUAAUAAUGACAUUCAGGAAGAUGGAUUUCUGGACGCAGACGAUGAAAACCUUAGUGAUGAUGAGGAAUAUUUCACGGAGGAAAGUAUUUCCUUGCACACCGAUCCCGAGGAUUAUGACACAGAUUUAGAGAUAGACACUGAAUCUCUUCUAAAUCCUAAAACAGUCGACCACGACACAACGGGAAAGACUAAAUACAUCAAAAAAUGUUUUGACCUUGGAAUAAAUCCCGUGUCAUAUUUUGUGAAAAACUUAGAAAACAAAGAACUAAAACUCCGGUUUCAUGGACUCGGUGCAGAAAGUGUAAAAGCCAUAUCUUUUCCUUUAGAGACCAACACGAAUAUUGAGAUAUUGAACCUGGAGGGGAACGGGAUUGAUGGGACCGGGGCUCGGUGUCUGUGUCGAGUCCUGAGAGAGAACCUAUUCCUAACUGAAGUGGUGCUUAGCGAAAAUAAAAUCGGAACCGAAGGUGCCAUUUCGAUGUGCCAGUUUCUGAAGAGCAAUAGGAAUCUACUAAAAGUGGAUAUGACAGCGAACGAAAUAGGGGAUCCUGCAGGGCAAAGUUUUUACGAUGUACUAAAGGGCAAUCAGACAUUGAAAGAGCUCAUUCUCGCUAACAACAGACUAGAGGAAACAAGUGCCCGUUUCCUGAAAGAUGGAAUACAAGAAAAUGAUACACUCGAAAUAUUGGACCUCAGCUGGAACCAUUUCAAAACGCGAGGCGCCGUGGCCAUUGCUGAAGGCCUUCAAGAAAAUGUCGGUUUGAAGAAAUUCCGUUUUCAAAUGGCUGGUCUAGCUAAAGCGGGAUCAGAAGCAAUGAUGAAGGCUUUAAAACAAAACAGAACACUUAGAGAACUAGAUAUAAGUUUUAACAGAAUCCAAAUGGAAGGUGCUACAUUUUUAGCCGAGGGAUUAAAAGAAAACGAUGCUCUUCAACAUCUGAAGGUUGGCAACAACCCCUUUGAAGGCGAAGGGGCAAUGUUGAUUCUUGAGGCCGUAGAUUCAAAUGAAAACAGUGCAAUAAAGUAUCUAGAUUUUAGUAACAUGCUCGUGAAAACAGAAUUUGCUACAAUCGAAGAUAGACUUCGAGAGCAAAGAAAUUUGAAAAUCAAACAUGAGGGCAUUUUACCCGAGAUGCACCCUAAAAAUGGCACGUAUGCACGACUUAGUGCCUUCCGAAGGGAUCCUAUAGAGACUUUCAAAAAGUAUGCCGAGUUUUCAGGUGUCGACCUUCACGAUGUUUUCAAUGGCGGACACCGCUUACGUCUUGACGCGGCCGAAUUUAAAGAUCUUAUAAAGGGUUCUGGGAUAGACAUACCAGAUCAACAAUUGACUGUUUUAAUACGAACUUUAGACGUUGAUGGUUUCAUAAACUACAAUCGGAUACUGGACGAAAAUGGAUCGGAAACUCCAUUCAGUCCGGAACCCCGAUCUGCGUCUGUAGUGAGUUUCUCUUCAGAAAAAUCCGAGAAAAGCGUGUCGUCUGCCAGACGCCGGGCUUCAAGCACUGAUACAGGAGUCAGUACAGAUGGAGGCAACAAGCCGAAGUCUGCCAAAGACAAACCAAAAAAGAAAGAAAAGAAGAAAAAGAAAUGACAGAAUGGUGUGCAUCGUCUCAGAACUGUUAUGUCCAGAACACUGGCAAUUAAGUUGUUUGGUU